AUGCACCGCCUCAUCUUGAUCAGCAUUCUGCAAGUGCUAGCAGCAGCUAUACCACACCCUCAACCUAGCGACGACUCAACAGCCCCACUCACUUCGCUCUCGGAGAUCUUACCAACAUCGACUGUUGCCAUACCGGACUCGACAUCUCUCAACAUCCCAGUCACAGCCAUACCCAUGAUCGAGCCCGAGCCGGAGGACGACGGUGGAGAUGACGACGACGACAACUACGGCAAAUCGUCAAGUCGCUCGAAGAAGCCGCACCGAGAGCCCAUUCCCAUCUUCACCAAGCAGUGCCAAUGUCAGCUGGCCACGGCUCGGUACCCAUGUUGGGCUACUGAUGCACUACAGAAAUGUUACUUUGAGGAAAACUUCUCUCACGCCUGUUACAUGCAAGCAGCAGGUGGAUGUCCCAAGCCAACUCGUGCUUGCAAGCAACUCUACCUGCCUACACCGCUACCGGGACCCAAUCCCUGCGAGCUAAAACCAAACCCAAACCCGCAUGUGACACCUACUCUUCCCGCUGUUCCUUCCUUCCCCACUCUGACUGGCGCUCCAAAUGCCACUUUGAGUUUACCUGUUGUACCCGGCAGAAAUAGUACGUUUGCGACGGUGCAUUCGUCGAGUACGUGA